AGCGAGUCUUCCAGUGAGCACUGUAGUUCUCGAUAAAGUGCACGAUUAAUUAGUGAUUAGUGCUUAAUUACCGUCGCGUUCAACUAUUUCACGUGUGUUAGUUUUACUUGGUUGUAAAUCUGGCGACGGAAUUUAGAUAUAGGCUGGGAAUGCGACAUAUCCUGAAGAAGUUCAUAAUAUACACUUCCUCAGAUCACUUUUCAGAAGAUUACGUUUUCAUUUAGUAUUUUAUGUUGUAACAAUUACCUACUUUUACUUUUUUUAAUUUCCUUUUUGUUACUUUAAACGGAAAAAAACGUAAAGCGUGUGUUUGGACUGUUUACCAAGAUCGCAGGAAGGGCCAAAAACACCACAAGAAAAUUCGGAGCUUUUAUCAUUUCAACUAGUUUCACCUCCUACAAUUACCAAUCAACCUUGCAAAAUGGCGUCCGUACCUCGCUUUUCAAAUGACAGGGAAGAAAACAAAGGUCAACCCCAAGCCUCAAAGCGAACACCCCUGAGGCAAUUCUCUCCAUUACUGGUUGCUAUGGUUGGACUUCCGGGGCGCGGAAAGAGUCUACUGGCAAGGCGGCUAUCUCGCUACCUCAACUAUACCGGGGACACAACAAAAGUAUUAGACAUAAGCGAUUACCGGCGCAAGCAUAUGGAGAAGUACGGGUCGCACGAGAUGUUCCGGGCCGAUAACCUGCCGGCGUGGCGCUUGCGCCAGAAAAGUUUCCACGAAGCCUUGGAGGACGCGGUCGCCUGGCUGAGCGAGCCCGGCCAUCACGUCGCGAUUUUGGACGGCCCGAACGUCUCGCGCCAUCAGCGCCAGGAAAUCUAUGAUCUCAUCUAUGGACAGAAAGGGUUUAGGAUAAUGUUCAUCGAGUGCGUCUGCGAAGAUCCGGCGAUCCUCGAGCGCAACUUCAAGGACAUCCUGCAGUACAGCGCCGACUACUCGAGCAUGGCGACCGAGCAGGCGCUCACAGAUUUGACGUACAAAAUGGCGCACUACAAGGCUCAGUAUGAGUCGCCGAGUCUCGGCAGCCACUGGGAGCUGCCUUGCCCGAUGGUUAAGGUGCUCGACGGCGGGUUCGGCGGAAUCGUCGCGCACGGCAUCACCGGCGUGAAGGAGAGCAAAAUUUUGGCGUACAUCUCGGUUCCGAAACUGAGCCAGCAGAACAUCUACUUCAGUCGGCAUGGAGAGAGCGAGUUCAACGUCAUCGGCCGGAUCGGCGGUGACGCUCCGCUGUCGCCGCGCGGUCGAGUGUACGCGCACGCUUUGGCAAAUCACCUCCGCACCUUAAACUUACCCGCCUUACAAGUUUGGACCUCGACGCUUAAACGUACAAAGGCAACUGCUGCCAACAUUCAUGCUCCUCAACAACACCUGUCCGAGCUAGACGAAGUCUUUUCUGGCGAUUGCGAAAGUUUAACGUACGAGGAGCUGCAAGAAAGAUUCCCGCGUGAGCUCGCUCUACGCGAUCGUGAUAAAUUAAAGUAUCGUUAUCCUCAGGGAGAAUCCUACGUGGACGUGAUGCAACGUCUAGUGCCUAUCUUAACUCAGUUAGAAUCCGAAAACAACGUCCUGACAAUAUCUCAUCAGGCGGUGCUGCGCUGCGUUCUGGGCUACUACCUCGAAAUACCCGCCGAAGAAAUUCCCUACGUUCACGUUCCGCUACACACCAUUAUUAAGGUAUCGCUGAAGGGGUACAAGUACACAAUGGAGACUGUGAAAAUGCCCAUUGACUGCGUCGACACCAAUAGGGCGAAGCCGAGUAAUUGUCUGAUAAAUCGUACUACCGAAGAAGCACUUUUGACCGUUCCUGCCCAUCUAGAAUCUAUGUCUGGUUUGAACGCUCUCACCACCUGUAUAUAAAUUAUCAAUUUCAUUUCGACCUAUCUAUAAAUGUAGCUAGAUGCGUCCGGUAGUGAUGCGUGGCGCACUUUUUUGUUUCGAUUUUUACUAAUACCUCAAAAGUUGACGUUUGCCAAUACAAACAGCAAUAUGUUUUAUACAGAUUGUUAGAGAUAAGAGUUGUUUCUUCUAGAAAUACUGUGAUCUUUUAUUUAUGCAUUUUUAUGGCAUGUAAAAAUUAAGUUUAUAUUAUUAAUAUACACAUAUUACACAUUG